CCAGCAGCCGUAGACUUUCAACUAAACGAAUCAUAAAAAUUUCUCUCUAGAUCACACAAACACAGAAAAUCUUUUGCGUUAGCUCAUUAUUUUCCUGUGUUAUAUAGAUCUACACCAUGCAUCAAGAUUGUGGUAGCAGAGCCGUUCUUAUACCCAUUAUUGCAGCAUCUGCAAUUGGGGUUGCAGCGGCCGCAGGUGCAAGGCAUUAUUUGCAACGCCGCAAUCAUCAAAAUCACUCAAUAGAAGCAGAACCCAUGGCCAUCACUCCGAUACUGUUUGAAGCAACAGAAUCAGCUCACGGCGACACACUAGAAGGAUUUCCUCAUUAUGUUGCUAGACAAAUUGGUUUCCCUGAUCCAAGCGAAUGCCCUCAACUCUGCAAAUUAGCAUAUGAUUAUUUGAGGAAAACUGAGCGAUGCGAAGAAACUAUAUACGAUUUUUUUGCGAAUGAAACCGAUGCUGAUGCAGUUUACAUGAAACUCAUCGAGGAGUUUGACAGAUGUAUACUUGGUUAUUUUGCACAUAAUUGGAAUCGAGCAACAACUAUGAUCACUCAGGUUCUAAGGUAUCAAUCAGAUCAGCCAAAAAGAAAACUCAAAAGCCUUGUCCUGGCAGCCACCAGGAAGCAAAGAUUUGAAAGGGUGACAAAAGAUCUGAAAGUAACACGAGUUUUCAGUACUUUGGUGGAAGAGAUCAAGGCAAUAGGAACCACGUCGAGUGAAGAAGACAGGGAUCGAGAGAAUGUGAUGAUGCCGGUGAAACUUAGUGACCGGAGUCCGGUCCUCCUUUUCAUGGGUGGUGGAAUGGGAGUUGGCAAGAGUACUGUUCUCAAGGACAUCCUAAAAGAGCCAUUUUGGUCUGGUGCGGCAGAGAAAGCUGUGGUAGUUGAAGCAGAUGCUUUCAAGGAAACAGACGUCAUUUACAGGGCCAUUAGCUCUAAAGGCCACCACGACGACAUGCUCCAAACUGCUGAAUUGGUACACCAGUCGUCUACUGACGCAGCAUCAUCCCUACUUGUAACGGCAUUAAACGAAGGCCGUGAUGUAAUAAUGGAUGGCACACUUUCGUGGGAGCCAUUCGUUGAGCAGACCAUUGCAGUGGCCAGAAAUGUUCAUCGUUGCAGGUAUAGCAUGGGAGUUGGAUAUAAAGUGGCUGAAGACGGAACAAUAACAGAGAACUAUUGGGAACAGAAAGAGCAGUAUGAUGAAGCAUCUAAUAGGAGAAAACCUUACAGAAUAGAAAUGGUUGGUGUUGUGUGCGACGCUUACCUAGCCGUCAUCAGAGGAAUUAGAAGAGCCAUUCUGAUGGGAAGAGCUGUGAGGGUGAAGUCACAAUUGACAUCGCACAAAAGAUUUGCAAAUGCAUUUCCGAAGUACUGUAACCUGGUUGAUAAUGCUAGGCUAUAUUGCACAAAUUCAAUGGGAACUCCUCCUAAGUUGAUAGGGUGGAAAGAUGGAGGAAACAACUUGCUGGUUGAUCAAGAAGAAAUAAAAUGCUUAAAGGAAGUAAGCAUGUUGAAUGAAGACGCCGACUCCAUACAUGACCUAUACCAGCAACAUUCAGGCCCAACUCCUAAAGCUGGCUCUGGUUGGCAUGAGAUAGUGAUAUCUCCCUCUAGAGCAACCAUCCAACAAGAACUAAAGACUGUCAUCGCCAAGGUCGAAAAGCAGAAUCCAUUGUCAAGUUAGAAACCUUUUUUUACCAUUUCAUUUCCUUUCUUUUAUCCUGAUUUUGUGAGAAACUGUUCUUCAAAUUCGAACCACGCAUCUUGUAAGUUUAUAUAGCAUACCACAUAUUUUGUACUCAGCCAAACAUUCAACUUUCAAUUACUCUGCUUUCUGUUUUGAUAAAUUGAACACCCAAUCACUCA